UAGCUGAUGUGACAUAACAGAUUACAAGAUUUUUAUAACCUUUUAUCAAGUUUUACUGAUAUUAUUUUUCGAAAAUCGAGUGAAUCUCAUAUUUGAUAUCUAGGAACAAUUAUUUUUUCAGUAAGCUUUAUCAAAAAGACUACUGUGAUUCACAUAAUCCCAUCCUUCUCGUUUUCUAAUACUCUGUCGUAGACUAUUUCCGUUUAUUAUUAUUCGCGUUUCAAAAUAUUUCUAAUAUCUUUUGAGCAACUCCUCAUUAUGUUUUGAAUAACUUUCAAUCCACCCUAUUCGGUUGAGUUAGAUCUAACUGUUGUAAGUUUAGUCUAUUCUUCUUCACAAAUAAUAAGCUAUAAAAGAGUACCAUUUAAAAUGGAUGAGAAGAUACAACUCUACUUCUACAACAUGCUAUAUUUUCAUCAAGUUUAUAGACCACUAAAGGAAAUGUUCGGUAACUUCAAUAUAAGAGAUUUUUAACAGCUAAAUACUCUGAUCAAGAGAGAAUGUGUUAAAAUGUGUUCAUGAAAGAAAUAUUUUGUGAAUAUAUUGAUAUUUUCUUACUUAGGAACAAAAUACCCAUAGAAUAAUAUAAAUAAAUGUAUACAUAUAUAACAUACAGUAUAUAUACAGUAUAAAUUGGGUAUACUAUAGUCAAUGUUCGACAUUAUAGACUGCUAUUUAAUUCUCUUUCCACAUUUGCAACUAGUCAUAUUUUGAGCACUAAUAUAAAAUAUUAAUAACGAUAUCAAUUCGACACUUUAUAAAUUAUAGUUAUAUAGCUUUUUCGACUAACCGCUAAAAUUCGCACAUAAAACAAACUCAUUCAGCGUUUUUUUUAAUGUUUGCAUAUUGUGGAAUUAUGUAAAUAUUUCAUUAUUGGCUUCUAACAGCACUGUUCCGCGUUCCUCGCAAGAAUAACUUUAAUUAAUUAAACGACCCCAGUAGUUAUAACUCUAACAGGCUAAUAAAAAGAAUAGCACACUCUCUAAUUAGAAACGGAAAUUUAAGUAAAAUUGUUUUUUUGGAACGAAAUUGAAUAGAAUAGAGAAUAAUGAAUUUCUUAACUAAAUGAUACAAAUUUAAUUAUUGACAGUAUAGUUUCUCUUAUUAUUGAUCAUAUUGUUUCAAUCAGGAAAGUUACGUCAACGAAUCAAAAAAACAAGUGAUUGAAUAAAUAGAAAAACAUCAAAAUUCUAUUAAAAUGUGAAACAACUCAAAAAAAUAGAUCGAAUGUUUAUAGAGCCGCUAUUGUGAUGAAUAAAUAUCCAUUAUUUAAGCGACUGGGGCAAACAUACGAUCGAGAAAAGGUUUUUUCAGUCUCUAACAGAUUAAUGCGGCGGAUACACAUUGUGGUUGCGCUUUUCCGAUUUGCUUUAUCGUCGGAAGUAUUUAUCGAUAUGGCGAUGCCCGAAUGGAGCAAGAGGAGUAGCGAUAUUCCAAUCUUUGCUCCAAUGAGAAGAAGGUUAUCUACCUUUGUACCUGGAAGAACAGCUACUGUUACUCUGGCUUUUAGGUGUUCUUCAAAGCCUUCUAUAAUGUGGCAUUUUUCAACUUUAGCUAGAAACACUCCCUAUUCACCGAUUGAUAAACUACUUCCGAUUAUAGGAGAUAAGAAUAUUCAAUUAAAUAGCUUAUCAGCUGGAAAUGUGCACGUACAAACUUUGAAAAUUCACAAAUUGCCUAAGCAAAGAGAAUACUCAUUUUGCACAGUUUUCUCAUUUCUUCACCCAUAUGCCAUAUCUUACUUGAUAUACACUACCGUACAACUCCAUCAACCUAUCAAAUUUGAAGAGUUAGAUAGCGUUUAUUGGCUGAAAGCUGAAAGAACUGCUAUUAGUUUUAGUAACAAUCUUUUAAAAUUAGACUUUACUGUUGUGUUAGAUAGCGAUGCUAACCCUUUUAUAGACGAGUUUUAUACAAUAUCCCAUGAAGAGUAUCCCAACUAUGAAGCACCGAGAUCUAAUAGACAAUCUGGUCUUUCCCAAUACAAAGUUAAGGUGAAUGAGGAUGAUGGGCGUAUGAAAACUUAUGGAGCAUAUCAGAAAAUUAAAUUUGGUUUUUCUACUUACAACCUAAGUAAAAUGUUUAGGAAAAUAAAUAAUAAUUUAUUUUCCCUAUCUGCUAUAAUGAAAAGAAGCGAUCAAGACAAAACGAUUAAUGCCAUAUUUUUCAAACACGAUGUACCUAAAAUUUAUAUUGAACCUUGCGAAUCAUCAAACUCCAGUCUUCGAGUAUGCCUAACACGAACAACGCCAACUUGUUUUAGGUGUAAAGUUUUCGGUUAUCCUGAAGCAAGGUUGAAAGUAUCAAGAAUUGAAGGCAAAAAAGAUCUAGAAUCAUACGAAAGGGUAUAUUCUUAUCAAUAUGUGAAUGUCAUAGAAGGAGCAAUAGAAAAAGUGUUUGUUCUAAGAAAAGUUGAAAAGAUUCCAGGUGGAAAAUAUACUUGUGAAGUAUAUGACAAAGUAUCUGACAAAUUCCUCACUGGGAAAGAAUUUCGAAUAACAAUUGUUGAAAGAACAAUGACUUGUAAUUAGGUACUAUGUAAAUGUUAGUUUUUGGAUUAUUGAUUAUAAGUCAUGGAAAAUUUAUUCAUACCUUCAGCUUUGGAAAACUGUUGAAAACUUUAUAUUUUGUUACUUAACAC